AUGACAAUUUUGUCUUUGCACGGCCGCAACGGUGCCGACGCCCAGAAAUGGUUUGAAAGUGGCCUUUUGCCAUUCCCAGGUGGUCAGAAGUCCUUCGAGAUGGUAUCAGUUAUGCCCGCAUUGGUGUACCACCACUGUAUGUUGUAUUGGGCGAAGCUGGGCUGUGCAGCGCUACUGCAGGAGGGGUCUGUCGAAAUGACGGGAAAGGCGGGGAGUGAGACGCUGAUGUUUGUCGUGAGGAACAUAUGUUGUAUCCAGAUUGCGGAGUCGCCGCGAUGUUUGCCAAAUUGGCGGUUGCUGGAUAGGGUGUUGGAUGAGUUGUUGAAGCGGUUAGAUUUUGUUGCAAACUGCGAGGAUGGCGUCUGGUCUUUCGCCAGCACGACAAUGAGACGCAUGCAGUGUUACCUCCGAUCAAACAUCAUACGAUACCUCGAGGUCCGAGACCGCCCACUUGAGGGUCAGUGUGGGCUGCUUCGUUAUCGAGGUGCAUUUGAUUGUGCAAUAAACGGCGUUAACAGCAGUGGUGCUUCCGGCAUGGGCGGUUGCCAAACGACAGAUGAGGUGCAUGUUGAAGUGUUGUCUGCGGAGACUCUCCGCAGCGCAGUUCAGGUGAUGUGCGGAUGUGAUGGGGUGAAAGUCCCUUGCGGGGAUUCAUCCGGUGGGGUUAAGGACGGUGCCGAUGCUCUUGCGGAUUUGGAGCUGGAGGAAUUUUUCUGCCGCUAUUUCCUUUGCAGUGCUCCGGCAGCGUUUGAUCAACCCACUAAACCGACUGUAAGGGAAUGA